GAAAAUCUGGCAGGCAAUAAAAAUAAAAGAAGAAUACUUGUACUCCAUUUAAAAAACAAGCAUAGAUGUAUAUUUAGUGUAUUGUAUUUGAAUUGAGCGUUUAACUGACGUAUAAUUUGAUUUAUAAUAUUGAGUGAUUUGCCUUAAAAAAAAAACACAAAACACACUAAGAAAAAUAUUUUUAAAAUAAAUUUUUUAACAUGCUUUUACUUGGAAAAACUUUUCCAGACUUCUCUGCCAACACAACAGAAGGCGAAAUAAAUUUUCACGAGUGGCUAGGAGAUAAGUGGGGUAUACUGUUCUCUCACCCAUCAGACUUCACCCCGGUCUGCACAACAGAAUUGGCUCGGGUGCUCGUCCUUCUUCCAGAGUUUGUGAAGCGCAACACAAAAGUCAUUGGCCUGUCCUGUGACAGUGUAUCCUCUCACUUGGAAUGGUGCAAGGACAUUAAGUCUUUUGCUGGUUGCAAUGAAGACGAACCAUUUCCUUAUCCGAUAAUUGAAGACGAGAAGAGAGAGUUGGCCAACAAGCUCGGCAUGAUUGACAAUGACGAAUUGGAUCACAAAGGAAUGCCGCUGACAGCCCGUGCAGUCUUCAUUGUCGAUCCGAAUAAGAAGUUUAGACUGUCAAUAUUGUAUCCGGCUACGACUGGACGUAAUUUUGAUGAGAUUCUGCGCAUACUGGACUCUCUCCAGUUGACUGAUAAGGCUAAAGUGGCAACGCCGGUAGAUUGGAAGGCGGGUGACGACUGCAUGGUGUUGCCAACCGUGCCGGAGGACCAGAUCAAAACGUGUUUCCCACAGGGUGUCAACGUUGUUCCGCUUCCGUCCGGCAAGAAUUAUCUGAGGAAGACUGCUUGCCCUAAAAUUUGACGAAAUUAGGGUUGCGGCACGAAAAAUUAAAAUAUAUUUUCCUUUUUUUUCUUAUAUAAUGACUACGAAGGGAACAAAUUGAAGUUUUAUUAAACGAAAGUGUAUUA